GUUCGUGGGAAAGAUUCUGCAGUAAUUGUAACACAGAAGAAAGACAAGUUACUGGAUUCCAACACAGUGACUCAUUUAUUCAGAAUUACUGAAAAUAUUGGCUGUGUGAUGACAGGAAUGACAGCUGACAGCAGAUCCCAGGUGCAGAGAGCCCGCUAUGAGGCUGCUAACUGGAAGUACAAGUAUGGCUAUGACAUCCCUGUGGAUAUGCUGUGUAAAAGGAUUGCAGAUAUUUCUCAGGUCUAUACACAAAAUGCUGAAAUGAGGCCUCUUGGUUGCUGUAUGAUUUUGAUUGGUAUUGAUGAAGAACAUGGCCCUCAGGUAUACAAGUGUGAUCCAGCAGGUUACUACUGUGGAUUCAAGGCCACAGCUGCGGGAGUUAAACAGACAGAGUCAACCAGUUUUCUUGAAAAGAAAGUAAAGAAGAAAUUUGAUUGGACGUAUGAACAAACAGUAGAGACAGCAAUAACAUGCCUGUCUACUGUACUAUCCAUUGAUUUCAAACCUUCAGAAAUAGAAGUUGGUGUAGUUACAGUGGAAAAUCCUAAAUUCAGGAUCCUUACAGAAGCAGAGAUUGAUGUGCACCUUGUAGCCCUGGCAGAGAGAGACUAAUUAGCAUUCCCAUUUCCAUUGCCUGUGCUUCUGGCCAGGAUAUUUGGUGAAAAUGCUUAUUAAUGGCUUUAGAUUAUGGGUGGGAAACAAUGUUCACUAUAUGUAUUUUACUCUGUACAAAUAAAACAGAGGUUUUUGAAA